GUACACGAAAGCCGAGUCACACAUUCCGUCCUUAUCAGCGGCACAACGCGCAUCGGAGAAAAAGAGGGAGAGCGCUACUGAUACAUACGCCCCCCUACUCUGCUAUCGAAGCCUCAACCACCGUCUUCGAUCGUUGCCCUCUUUUAUAGGCGUAGGCCGGUGGCCUCUGUCCUCUAUAUAAGUGAACCCAUCUCUUACGCCUCUGCCAUACCCAUCGCCCCUCGCACUCCUGUAGAGAAGGCCCUUCCUUGCUCUGUUCCGAAAGCCAUGGUGGUCUUGACCAAACCAUCUCUCGGGCAGGUCUCUCUCACGAGGCCACAGAAACCAAACCACAACCACUCCGGUAUUCCUGUUAUCAACCUGUCCCAACCGGGCUCCGAGGCUCUCGUCGUGAGAGCCUGUGAGGAGCUCGGGUUUUUCAAGGUCACCGACCAUGGCAUCCCCAUGGAGCUCAUUGCGAAGCUGGAAGAAGAGGCGGUGAAGUUCUUUGCUUUGCCGCAGACAGACAAGGAGCGUGUCGGGCCGGCGAUUCCUUUCGGCUACGGGAGUAAGAAUAUCGGGUGUAAUGGUGAUACAGGCUGGGUGGAGUACCUCCUGAUGGAGAUCACCUCCAAGCCCAUGUCACAUGCUUCGCUGGCCGUCCUCACGGAGCCCUCCGCCAGCUCUUUCCGCUCUGCUUUGAACGAGUACAUAUCGGCGGUGAGGAAGCUGGCAUGUGAGGUUUUGGAGUCGAUGGCGGAAGGGCUGAAGAUCGAGCCGAGGAAUAUAUUCAGUAAGAUGGUGAUGGACGAGGAGAGUGAUUCGGUGUUGAGGUUCAACCAUUACCCUCCGUGCCCAAUGCCUCAGGCGUCGGAGGGUGUCGUGACGGGGUUCGGAGAGCACACCGACCCGCAGAUAAUAUCGGUGUUGAGGUCGAACGACACCGCGGGGCUGCAGAUCUCCUUGCGAGACGGGAGCUGGGUCUCUGUCCUUCCUGACCGAGCUGCCUUCUUCAUCAACGUCGGUGAUUCCUUACAGGUUCUGACAAAUGGGAGAUUCAGGAGCGUGAGGCACAGGGUUCUAGCCAAUGGUCUCAAGUCUCGAGUGUCGAUGAUCUACUUCGGGGGGCCACCUUCCGGAGAGAGAUUGGCACCGCUGUCGCUGCUGAUGCGCGAAGGCGAGGAGAGCCACUACAGGGAGUUCACAUGGUGCGAGUACAAAAGGUGUGCUUACAAAACCAUGCUGGCCGACAACCGGCUCGGGCAGUUCGAGAAGUAGGAGCGGAGGUCGCGGUGAAUCCUUGUAAUGCCUCGAUCCGCCUACGUCAAGCAUGCAAUGAAAAGGUGACUCCUGUUUAGCUGUUAACCAAAGAUGGAAACGCAAAAAGGUUCUACCUCUUCCUCUGUCCGCCCCACCCGUCUUUUUCUUCCUUCUCCCUUCUUCUUCUUCUUUUAUCCACAUCACACACAGGCCCUUGAUGUGCUGCUGCUGAUGGUGAUGAUUGUGUACUGAUGAGAAGUCAAUGUUGAUGAAUCGGUCCAUAUCUGCUUUCUCUUCC